AUGUGGAACCUCCCCUUCAGCAAGGUUUUGGGGAAACAAAUUGUUAGCCCUCAGCAAAUGAGAAAAAAAAUCUAUGAUCCCUCCUUCAUGUUCAUGGUCAACACUAAGAAGAGAUAA